CGCUCCCCCGCCCAACAACAAUACACAUCGCUCGGUGUUGGAAGUUGCAUCUGAAGGGCAUUCAACAACUCGACCAGAUGGAAAAACAACGAGAGGAAAAACAACGGGGAACUCGCAUGCAGCGUCCUUAGAGAUACCCAUUUGACGCCAGGUUUCUUGUGCGACGCCGAGCUUUAGCACCGCUAGCUUAACAGCCGCCAAACUGGAGCGUGCUGAGGAAAGAAAGGAAAGAAAGGACAGCCUGUCCCUGAUUCACUGACAGUCAGCCCGUAGAGGAGAGGAAAAAAAUGAAGUUCGCUCAGUUUUUGCUGAAAAAUGGCUCGGUUGCUGGGAUACCGAAACUGGUGGAGAGGUUUGCUAAGUUUUCUCCCUCUCCCUUGUCUAUGAAGCAAUUCAUUGACUUCGGCUCGGCCAAUGCGUGUGAGAAGACCUCUUUUGUGUUCCUGCGGCAGGAGCUUCCUGUCAGACUGGCCAACAUCAUGAAGGAAAUUGAUUUCCUCCCUGACAAACUCCUCGGCACCCCAUCCCUAAAGCUCCUCACCAGCUGGUAUUCACAGAGUUUGUGGGAGCUUGUAGAUUUUUUAGAAAAAGAUCCAGAUGAUAAAGAUGUCCUGACAAGCUUUGUACAGACUCUGGUGAAUGUCCGUAAUCGGCACAACAACGUAGUUCCCACCAUGGCUCAGGGAGUGGUGGAGUUCAAGGAGGCCUUUGGCGUGGACCCCGUCACCAACCAGAACGUCCAGUACUUCCUGGACCGCUUCUAUAUGAGCCGCAUCUCCACACGCAUGCUCAUGAACCAGCACACAUUAAUCUUUGAAGGCAGUGCGAACCCUGCCCAUCCCAAACACAUUGGCAGCAUUGACCCCAGCUGUGACGUUGUGGAGGUAGUAAAAGAUGCCUAUGAGACUUCAAAGAUGCUGUGUGAGCAGUACUACCUGACCUCUCCUGAUAUGGAGAUCACAGAAGUCAAUUCCAAAAACCCUGGUCAGCCCCUUCACAUUGUCUAUGUGCCAUCCCACCUCUACCACAUGCUGUUUGAGCUCUUCAAGAACGCCAUGAGAGCUACAGUAGAGACCCAUGAGAUGAGCCCAACACUGCCCCCGAUCAAAGUGCGAGUUUCACUGGGAAGCGAGGACCUCACCAUCAAGAUGUCUGACAGAGGAGGUGGAGUCCCUCUGAGGAAGAUUGAGCGUCUGUUCAGCUACAUGUACUCCACAGCUCCCAGCCCGGUCCACAUAGACAACUCUCGCAAUGCACCACUGGCUGGAUUUGGCUAUGGCCUGCCCAUAUCCCGUCUGUAUGCCAAGUACUUCCAGGGAGACCUGCAGCUCUACUCUAUGGAGGGCUACGGCACCUCAGCUGUCAUAUACUUGAAGGCUUUGUCGUCGGAGUCAGUGGAGAGACUUCCUGUUUUCAACAAGUCAGCCUUGCGGCAUUACCAGGCAACCACAGAGGCCGAUGACUGGUGCAUGCCCAGCAAGGAUCCAAAGAAACUGGGCAAGUAUGAGAGGACUCGGUAAUGGUGAGCCAAGGGAGGAAACGGAGGACUAAUAAAUAUUUUGAAUAAAAGAAUAAUAGCAUUAAGAAGGAGAGGGUCCACGUUGGAAGAAAUGGAUAAACUUGUACUGUAAGUGGGAGAAGGCGUCAAAUGCUUUCAGCAUGUUGCCGGACCUGGACUUUCUCACGCAAGACAGAAAUCUAGAUGAAGAAAAACGCUCAGUGUCGGUGUCAAGAAUCAGAUAAAUGCAGCUGAACUAUUACUGCCAGCUGCCAAGCAAUUUAACUCAAAAUUCUCACCUCAUUUAUUUUCAUUAUAUGAUGAUUACAGGCUGCUAAUGGUAAUGGAACAAGUCAAGUAUUAAUCUUCUUUUGCCUCACUCACUUUUCAGUUAAUAAUAACGUUACACUGUGAAACAGAGCAUGCUAGCUGUUUGUGUUUCUGUCAUAAACACACGUUUCAGAAUGUAUCAUUUCACAAUCUAAAAACAAACACUCCUUGUUUGAUUCAAUUAACGUUGUGUUUUUGUAUUAGACUCAAUGUGUAUCAAUGCUUUGAAAAAACCCAGCCAAAGCCAGCUACAGUGGGUUCACUUAAGUUAAGCGGAAUGGGAACAUUCACUCACUGCAGCAUAAACACAAAGGGAGCAAAGUCUGUUCCUCCACCUUUGUUCAUGCUUUUUCAGUCCUUUAUAACUCACAGCACUGCUUCAUACAUACAACUCCUUGCAUUUCAUAGCAGUUUUCAACUACAUCAUUUCAAAGACACUGUAAGAAGAAUUUGCACUGGUUAUGCAAAUUGAAAUUAUUUUAUUAUUCAAACAAUUGUUCCAUGUUUAGUCUUUUGGCCUCUUCACUAUGAGACGUAAACAGAAUGUGAUCCUUUUUAAUGGAGGAUUGUGCUCGUCAGUACCUACCUUGUGCCUUCACAUUUAAGCUGAGAUUCUUUUAAAAGUUCGAUUAUAAUAUGAAUAUUUAGACAAUGUAUUGAGACGCGUAGGCAUGCUUUCAUAGAGAAAAAUGAGACGUGUCUUUUUUCUUUUUGGGAGAAGUUGAAUUGUUAAAAAACACAGUAUUGCAAGCUAUUUGAAGUUAUUAUGUAUGGCUGAACUGUGAAUAACUGUAUUUUAAUUGUAAUACUAACUGCCAAGUUAACCUCAACCUUCACAAUCAUUUUCCUCUGUUGAGACUAGUGUGAAGUUAAUCGCGAUAGGAAACAGAAAUAUACACUUUUUAAUCUCUUUCCAGGAAAAUGUUCAGUGUUAAUCUCUGCAUGUUGAAAUUAAUUUGAUACUUUUACCCUUAGUGUUUUGUAAUGAUGCAUGUGUUGUAUAUUGUAUAGUGACUAGGAGUGAAGGCCUGUGUGAAAUAUUAAAUGUUCUGCUCCAGCUUGCUGUUACGUGACACAAUAUAAGCCGUCAUGCUCGGGUCAGUGUAGCACAUUCGGAUGAUACACACUUGAGUUAAGUGUAGCAGUCACUAAGAACACAGGCGCUCAGACAGUGCGAGCUGUAUUGAUCUUACAGACAUUGCCAUCUGUAUCUAACAGUUUCACAUAUUCCAUGUCCUCAUCGCAUACCAGGCUUACUCUCACACAGUGUACUUCUCAAUUCAGUCUUUGCCGAGUUUGAAGUGUUCAGAAUGGCUGUUAGUACUUAUAUUAAUGAUAUAAUAUGAUUAUAUUAGUUCACUCAUUUUAGGAUUUUUAUGAUUUGUGAACAUUUCACACUGUGUAAUAAACAUUACUCUCAAAGGCCAAGUGUUACUGUGCUGAAGUUGUGGUUCACCAAUAAAAGGACCAGUGAAUGUAGAAAAUAAAAAUGUCAUGUGACUCAA